UGGCUGUCCCCCCCCAACCCCCUACCCCAACAGGCGGGUAGCCGUCCCGGACCGGACCGGACCGGACCGGAAGGUAGCGGGGAGGGACUCCUGAAGUGAGGGGUGGGUUGGCGGACGGUAGACGCUCUCUCUCGGAGACUGUCCGAGGGCUAGAAUUCAGAGAAAACUUUCUUCUCGUGCUCCACCCGGUGAGCUCCCAAAUCUGCAAGCCGGGAGACUUGGGGAGAGAAGGGGGGGGGGGCGAGAUAGGGUCCAGAGGUGUUCAUAGAGUUGGGUUAUGUAGGAACCAGGAGAAUAGUUCCUUUCUGAACGGAGAGCUCUCCCCACUGCUCCAGCCCCAUACUUAGAACCCUCACCCUCUUUCAAAAGAAUGGCAGUUGAGACUCACUGGCCCUCUGGGGAAGCUGGGAGCUACUCUCACCCCCUCCCCUAUUACCUUUCCUCUGCUUCUCAUUCACCUGGAGGCUCGACUUACCUUCCACUGGAAAAAGAGGAAAUAAUGAAGCCACACCCCGAUUACCCAGGAAUUAACUCCUGACAUGAGACUGAAGGUGUGCCCAGUACUGCCAUCCGAGAGAUCUCUCUGCUUAAGGAACUUAAUCACCCUAAUAUUGUCAAGCUGCUGGAUGUCAUCCACACAGAAAAUAAGCUUUACCUGGUUUUCGAGUUUCUGCACCAGGACCUCAAGAAAUUUAUGGAUGCCUCUGCUGUCACUGGCAUCCCUCUUCCCCUCAUCAAGAGCUAUCUGUUCCAGCUGCUCCAGGGCCUAGCAUUCUGCCAUUCUCACCGGGUCCUGCACCGAGACCUUAAGCCCCAGAAUCUGCUUAUCAAUGCAGAGGGAUCCAUCAAGUUGGCAGACUUUGGACUAGCAAGAGCCUUUGGAGUCCCCGUUCGUACUUAUACUCAUGAGGUGGUGACCUUGUGGUACCGAGCACCUGAAAUCCUUCUAGGCUGCAAGUACUACUCCACAGCCGUGGAUAUCUGGAGCCUGGGCUGCAUCUUCGCUGAAAUGCACCUAGUGUGUACCCAGCACCAUGCUAAGUGCUGUGGGGAACACAGAAGAAAUGGAAGACACAGUCUCUGCCCGCUGUGCUCCUAUCUAGAAGUGGCUGCGUCACAAGGAGGGGGGAUGACCGCAGUGUCUACCCCAUACCCCGUGACCCGGCGGGCCCUGUUUCCUGGAGAUUCUGAGAUUGAUCAACUCUUCCGGAUCUUUCGGACUCUGGGGACCCCAGAUGAGGUGGUUUGGCCAGGAGUUACUUCUAUGCCUGAUUAUAAGCCGAGUUUCCCCAAGUGGGCUCGGCAAGAUUUUAGCAAAGUUGUGCCUCCACUGGAUGAAGAUGGACGGAGCCUGUUAUCGCAAAUGCUGCACUAUGACCCCAACAAGCGGAUUUCAGCCAAAGCAGCCCUGGCCCACCCUUUCUUCCAGGAUGUGACUAAGCCAGUACCCCACCUUCGGCUGUGAUGUCCUUCCCAAAGCCCUCCUCACCCUUGGUCUGACUUGACUCUGGGCCUUUUUGGACACAGGUCAGCCUUCUACUCUUUUCUGGCUGUCUUAGCACUCACUGUUUCUCUUGGUCAGCCAGUUCCAGGGACUCAGAGGUGCAGGGAAAGAUGAGGUGACAGGAAAAGUGUUGGUAUCAGGUGCUUCCCUACCUUCUCUCCCUCUUAGUCAUUCCCGAGGAUUGGUAUUCAAAACAAAACAAACCUUCCACUCUCUACCCACCCCCAUGCCAAGUUUUGCCAUCCCAGUCUUAGAUUGUCUCAUAAUUAUUGUGUCCCGUGUUUAGGAAGACACACCCCAGACCUCCUGGUGCCACUGUUUUGUAAAGGCCAAGUUGGGACAUUUCGGAACCAAGCAAGAGAGGUCUGUUUUAAUGAAUUAGAUGAGAAAAGAUAGAUCCAAACAGUUUACACCUUAGUUGUAGUGUCUGGCCUCACCUGACAAUCAAGGAGGCCCUGCUGGAGAAGCAGAAAUGUUUCCCUUCAGCUCUCUGUCUACCUUCUGCAGGGCAAGAGGAGUCAGGAGGGGACGGGGCUUGGUCUGUUCACCAUGGCUCGCAAGGCAAGGUGAAAGACACUGGAAUCUUUCUUUCAGUAAUGUUACUGUUUUCUGGUGCUAACAACUGAACCCAGGACCUCGCCCUCACUAAGCAAAUGCGCCACCCAUGAGCCAGAUUUUCUAGCCCUCUUUUUGGAGUCUUAGCUCUUCAGUUUUUCAGAGGUCCCUGUUGCCAUAUUCCUCUGAGAGUCACCCCUGACUCCAUAGUGGAAGUGAAGCUUUAGAUGUCACUUUGAAAGGCUUUGACCUGGUCAGGUCAUCAGGGGACAUUUUCUAUAAAAGAGUUAACAAUUAUAUUUAUAUUUCAAGUUAUAGUAGUUGGAUAUUUUGGUGUUUUGAUUUUUCUUUUUUGGGGGGCAGGGCAGUGUGGAUGGAUUUGUUACCAUGUGCACUUUGGAAUUUUGUAAUGCAAUUGUUGAAAGAAAAUAUUUCUUUUAUGAUCUCCCUGUACCCUUUGUGCUCCAGUGUUCUGUUAAUAUUAUUUGUAAUUUAGUUUGUAAUUCAUUAAAAGAAAAUAUUCUCAGUUGUA